AUGUCCCUUCAUUCAACCAACCCCGACCUGCAGCUGGCAGCAACGAGAGACUUGGACGGGACGCGAUGGGGCAAAAACAACAAAGUCGCCGGAACCGGCAGCUUGACGCAGCAGCAGCUUGCCGUCGACGGCGAUCAUCGGAAGGAGAGAAUCAAGAAGCUCUUUGAGAAGUCCGAGCUGUCCGCCUCUGCCUACGACACGGCAUGGGUGGCGAUGGUUCCAUCUCCGGCGGUUUCACCGGAAAAACCAAUCUUCCCGGGAUGCCUGACCUGGAUACUGGAGAACCAGCACGACGAUGGCUCCUGGGGUUUGCACUCCGUUCACGGCGGCGGAGACCCGACGUUGAUGAAGGACGCUCUCUCGUCCACUCUGGCCUGCAUUCUUGCACUCAAACGAUGGGGCACAGGCGACAACCACGUUCAUAGCGCGCUCGCUUUUAUGGAGCGGAAUUCAGGCUCCCUCGCGGAUUCUAGCCAGCAAGCUCCAAUCGGGUUCGACGUCGUAUUCCCUUCCAUGGUGCAAACAUUGACUCGGGAUUUCCGUUUGAAUCUCCCGCUCGACGCCGCGCAAAUCGACGCCAUGAUCCGCAACAACAGAGACGUUGCGUUGACCGGCGUGGACCGAUCCAACGGCCGUGACGCCUACUUGGCCUACAUAUUGGAAGGGAUCGGAAGCUCUCAUCAGGCUCGGGGAAAUGCGAUGAGGUUCCAGAGAAAGAACGGCUCGAUCCUCAACUCGCCGUCGGCGACGGCCGCGGCUGUUAUUCACGGUCACGAUGAUGCACUCUCGCUCGGCUACCUCCGGUCGGUAUUACGCACCACCACUGCCGGAAGCAACGCAGCCGCAGCGGUUCAUCCUCUUGAAAUUCAGGCUCGACUCUGCCUGAUCGAUACGGUUGAGAGUUUGGGAAUCGAUCGUCAUUUCCGAGAGGAGAUCGAGCUGGCAUUGGACGAGAUCCACAGACGCUGGCGGCAGGGAGAGGAAGAGAUAUUCCUUGAUGCCACAACUUGUGCCAUGGCGUUUCGGAUGUUACGCCUCAACGGAUAUCCAGUGUCAUCAGGUAUUAUUAAGGUUCGAUUCUGGAGUGAUACCCUAGAAGGGUAUUUGAAGGAUGAAAGAGCAGUUUUGGAGUUACACAAAGCUGCAAGAAUCACUUGCCUGCACGACGGCGAGGCAUCCAUCCUUGGAAGACAACAGCUGUGGACGGCGCAGUUCCUUAAGCAACUUGCUCUGGAUCACCACCAUUGUCGCGAUGUGAGCAAUCACGUGAAUGAUGUUCUACGUUAUCCAUUCCACGCUGAUUUGGACAUCCUGGUUCACAAAAGAAAUGCUGAGCGGUACUGUCCCGACAACACCAGGAUUCUUAAAUCCUCUUUCAGCUGUGCCGCUUUUGGGGGCCAAGAUUUUCAGAAACUAGCAGUACAAGACUUCAACUCCCGUCAAUCAUUACACCGCAAAGAGCUCCAACAUCUCAUGCAGUGGCUAAAAGAGAAGAAAUUAGAUGAUACGACGCUGGCCAAGGUGAAAACGCGCUACUGCCACUUCCACGGCUCCACCACUUUCACCGAACCGGAGCUCUCCCACGCUCGCAUCUUGCUCUGCAAGCACGCCGUCCUCGUCUGUGUCGUCGACGCCGUAUUCGACAUCGACGGAACCCACGAGGAGCAGCUGAACAUUGUCGAUUUGUUGCAGAGGUGGGAUGUCAACGGACCAAAGGCAGAGUUCUGUUCAAAGCGAGUCGAGACGAUAUACUGGGCGAUCCACGGUGCUAUAUGUGAGACCGUGGAGAAAGCUUUUCCAACGCAAGGGCGUAGUGUGAUGGAUCACGUCGUCGAGCUUUGGGUGGAGAUUGUAAAAGGAAUGUUGCAGGAAGCAGAAUGGUGCAGAACGAGCACCAUCCCGACACUCGAAGAAUACAUGGCGACUUCAUCGAUUACACUUGGAGUUGCAGCAUUCUUGCUCCCUGCCAUAUACUCAGCUGGGCACAAGCUGGAAGACGAUGUUGUCAGAGGUCCGCAAUACCAAAGGUUGUUCUUGCUCACAACAACCAUUGGACGUCUCUUGAACGACGUUAGAGGCUUUGAGAGAGAAGCACAAGAAGGCAACGUGAAUGCAGUGUCACUAAGAAUCAUGAGAAGAGGAAUGGACAUGGAAGAAGCUGUGGAAGAGGUUGAAAACCUGAUAACAACCUUGACGCGACAAAUGGUGAGAUUGACCACCGGAGAAGACAACUGCGGCGAGGUUCCUAAAGCAGUGAGGUUGAUGUUUUGGAGAGCGGUGAAAGGCUUCUUCUUUUUCUACAUGAAGGAGGACUUGUACCAUGCUAGCACUAAGCUGGUGAAGGUUGUAGAAUCUGUGAUGAACGAACCAAUCACUAUUGCCUAAAGACUUCAGUUAGAUUAUUCAUAAAAAAAAUGCAGAUAUAUAGUUAUCAUAAGUUGUAGUUGUUAUUCUAUGUUUUGAUCGGUGUUGUUAGAACCCAACCGGGAUGUCUACCCGUAAAAUUAAAUAUUCAUUACGUAAAAACAUUGGUCAUUAUGUUAAGGGUAAAUGACACAUUUGGUCACCG